UGUCCGCGUCCACCAUUCCGCGUCUUGUGUCGGUCGCGAGCGCUUGCGAGUCUCUUGCCGGUUACGUGCUGUGCUUUCGUACUUUCAUACUUGGUCGGUUUUACACUACAAGGAGCUAUUCGUGCGGACAUUAUUUUGAAGUUGCUGAGUUCAUCGUCGAUAAGGAUGGGAUUUUGCAAGACCCUGCUUCUGUCUACGCUGCUUGGUCUGGCGGUGGGAAACCCUUUGGACAGGCAUGUGGACAAGAGGGACACUUCAAGUCAUCAGAUUAUCGAAAUUCCUCACCACUCUGUCAAGACUGAAGAUGCACCUCGCCACCUCGAUACUCAUUCACCUAGUUUUUCUUACGUUGGGCAUCAUCAAACCUCCAGCGUGGGUAAUACUCCUACAGAGAAAGCUCUUGGUGAUCGUAACGAUAUCCCUCAAACAAUUCAGCCCAGGAGAAAGCAGACAGUAAAAUUAACUGAUCAAGCCAAGAGAAGGCAGGCCGUGGGGAGAAAAGGCACGAAGAAAGGGAAAAAGUCCAAUGUUGAACUUUUACACCACCUGGGGAUGGCAAAGAUUCACUCUCCAGUUGUCAAUCAUCACCGGAAACGCCUUGCCAGUCAGUCCCGAAAGACACACCACCAGAAGAGCAACAGUGAUUCAAAAAUGUUCGUCAUCAAACUUCCGCCGAACCCUUACUACUACGCUCACCACGACCUGAACGGUGUCGAUGUAGUCGAGUCCCAGCCCAAGUCGGUCAACACCCUCCCAGUGAAUUUCAACACCAACGGAAAACCCUCAAGGGUAUAUCACUGGAACAUACCUGUUCUCAAGAAGAUGGUAGCUAGGAAAGCAGGAUCUUCCAAGUCCACGAUAUUCGCGGACAGUGACAUAUUUAACAUCGACAAACAGGCCACAUGGAAUGAGACAGACGACGACAAGUUACUUUACAGGAAGGCGACGUACUACGGACCCAAGAAGUCGAAACAUACAUUCAGGAAAUAUUUCGCUGGAAACGGAAAACCGCAUUCCUUCUACGUCAUGGAGAAGAGCAAGAAACCAGCAACUGUGCACAGGUUGCUCCCUUGAAAAACUCGUGUACGAGUUCAUCUUUCGUAGACUAGCUAGUACUGUAAAUAGUUGUUUUCAUGAAAGAUAUUUGUGAUUUCCCUUCAUUUUGCAAGUAUUCAUAUUUAUUAGAAAAUUCGUUGUAAAAGAACGUGGAUGUUUUUAAAGAAAAAGAAUCAGAUUUGCUAGACCAUUAUGUUUUUAUUACCUCCACGGCCUGAACAUGAAAAGGUUUAAUGCACUGGAAACAUGAAGAAAAACGCUAUUUCUGUUGCGGGCGGCAUUAAAUUCUUCUCUCACUCUUCAUUAACUCCGUUCGCAUUGUGUGGGACCACCAGUGCCACCCCCUACGUUUAUGGUUACUACUACCCAUUUUUAUUCGGUAAAACCAUAACGUGUAGCUAAAUUUCUUCCUAAAAUCUUUAAAUGUUGUAAUGUCCAAAUCGAGAAUAACAAACUUGUUUAUGUUUAUACUGGCCAGCCAAUGUUUACCGAAUACAAUGAGAAUAUCGUGUAUUACUUGCUCUCCUUGAACCUAUAUUUAUCUCCGAAUUAUCAUGUGAAUUACAAGUUCCAAAACGCAUCCAUCAGACUACCCAACGGACUGUCCUCUGACUUUAAAAUUUAGGUAUGCAUAACGUGUCAAAUUGAACAAAAACAACAACAUUUAUUGGUUUCAUACUGAAUCGAGGGAGUGGUCGAAUCAAAUACUUGCAACGGUUUUGAAACAAAAAUUCCGAAUUGGUUUAAAGUACCUGAUUGUUGGUCUUAGCAAAUGGAUUGAUGCUAUUAACAUUGAUAGUAUGUUGGACAGUUUUUAGGUUAAAAAGUAGUAGGAGAGAAGAAGUAAGAUCCGUUACGAAGAUGGAGCAAAGUGGUCGUAAAUAACACGCGCAAAUAGACCACAAGCAAUCGAGGAGAAAAACACCCGUGUUGUGGUCAGAUACGAAAUUAAAUUCACACGGACGGCUGAAUAGACAGACGGACGGACAGACAGACUGACCAAUCUUACGAAGCGAGACAAUAUGUGGAAACGGCCCUUAGGGAAUUUUGGAGAUUACAGUUACCCUCUAAAUUAUUCUCGACAGCUGUUGUCGUUGCGGAUUGAACGUUUCUUGCAAAUAACUUUUAUUUAUUGGGGUGUAAAAUCUUUAACAGAAACUUAAAAAACUCAAAAGUUCAAAUUGAUACAUUUAAUUAAUAACAAUAAAUAGAGGUACAAAAUCGUCUUCAACCUUCACAGCAUUAUAAACUAAGUGUUAUUUUUGUUCAUUCGACUCGGGUCUUUUGUUUUUUUAUGUUUGUUAUUUGUUUUAAAACAAAUUAACUUAAGUUUCAAUUAUAACAGAUAAGUAACACAUCUAAGUUUAACUAUUGUUCGCAAGUCGAAAACAUCGCUAGUGUUUCUAAAUCAAUUGGCUGUAUCUUGUUUACAUACGCUGCACCUAGCUGUUCACUUUAUUUAGGCACUCGAAAUCACAAAUAUUUUUCAGUAAAGACACAUCUUGAUUUAUUUCGUAGCUUUCUUCCUAGAGAAGAAAAUAAAUCAAAACAAUGUAAUAUACUGGGAGAAUAACAACCUUGUCGAUAACUAACUAAUUAAACCAAAUUUAAAAAAUUAUAAGAAUUAGACAUUGUGUUCAAAAACAAAAAUAAUUUAUUUAGUUACAUCAUAUGCAUACAAAAGUUUUACUUAAAAACUAUAAAACAACAUUGAGUUACUACAAUUAUUUUAUUUAUUAGUUAAUAAUAAUUUGAUUAUUGAUUGAUAUGUAUUAAUUUAUUCAUUACAUCUAAAAAAUAUAAACAAAUUAUGUUGUAUUUCUGUUCUGUAAUAAUGCUUUAAUCAAAGUGGUUUAAAAUUCUAUCGUAAUUGAUUUAUUUUAUUACAUAUCAUAUUUCUGAACAAUAUAUUUAAGAGAUUAAAUCUGUAACAUGGGAAAACGGUGUUCAAAAACCAUUUAAAUAGCUUUAUUUUAAAGAAAACAUGUGCUAGACCACAUGAAAUUAUAUAUUCAUUACAUUUGUCUAAUUGGCAUUAGCCUUAUUUUAUUUCAAUAAAAAUUGAAUCACAUAAAGCACAUGCUCCGUUGGGACUGGAACUCGGAUCUCUUACUUGCUGGUAAGUGAGAGGUCCGCUUUCGAAUCUCGGCGGAACAUUAACUUUUUGUGAAUUAAUAUUUAUUGAA